GGGUCAUUAUACGCUUGUAGCUCUACAGGACUGUGGACAAGAUACAUAAUUUAUCAUGGCUAGAUGACGGAUGUAAACAAAAUUGAAAAUAGUUACGAAUACAAAUUACUAAAAAGUAUGUGUAUAACUGUAUGAGUGCACCGUACACAGCACAGUCGCACAGACAAAGAUCGAAUUAUGUUUAUAAAUAAAGGGUGAUGUGCAAGACAUUGGGUUGUCAUUAUGGACACCGAGUCUAUAAGGUCCAUGAGUGAGUACAGUUCCAAAUCCAAAUACAAGAGUCACACACUAAAAUCUAGUGGUAAUCACAGAUCUAACAGUUAUAAAAACAAUACUCGAACUGCUCGCAAAUAUUCUGAUAGUUUAAAUAAUCCAUACGAAACAACUAUGGCACCAUAUCAAACUACUGUGAUGUUAGAUGAUACAAGAGAUGGACAAGAUGUUGUUGAAGUACAAAUAUUACCUCAAGAUGAAAAUUGGGGUGAAAACACUACAGCAAUUACUGGUAAUACUUCAGUACAGUCUGGAUCGAUGGAAGAAAUGGGUGCUCUAUGGCCUGAUACCGAGCAAAAAAGUGCUUUUCCAAUAUUGUGCCAUCGUUAUAUAGCUACUACCUUGACUGGGCUUUUGUCUCUAGUCGCUUUUCUUAGCCCGUUAGCUAUGCUAGUUUUACCAAAAUUAGGUGUUUUUAGUCCUGCAGCUACAAAUCUUAGCCCUCAACAAAGAGAAACCCUAUUAAAUUGUGGUGCAGAAUGUAAAGGAGUAUUAGUUUCAUUAGCAUUCAAAAUGUUUUUAUUGGCUGUGGCGUCAUGGGCAAUUUUCCUACGUCCAGUGAAAGCAACCAUGCCCCGUAUUCAUGUUUUUAGAGCAAUUGUCUUAGCAUUAGUAUCAAUUUGCUGUGGUAUUUUUUGGCUUUUUUAUGUAGUUCAAGUCACGGAGGGAGUACGAGCGACAGCUACAGGUGAAGAUCUACUUGAAUAUCGUGCCUUGGUGUCUUAUUCUUCUUCGCUAUGUGAUUGUCUACUUUGUAUUCAUUAUGUUGCCAUAGUGUUAAUGGAAAUAAGACAUCUUCAGCCAGUUUUCUAUAUCAAGGUUGUUAGGAGUCCUGAUGGUGAAAGUCGAUCAUAUCCUAUUGGUCAAUUAAGCAUUCAACGUGCUGCUGUUUGGGUUCUUGAACGAUAUUAUACUGAAUUUUCGAUAUACAAUCCAUACUUAGAACGUUUACCCGUCUCCAAAUCUAAAAAAAAUGCUUCUAGCUUUAAAUUUUAUGAUAUUGAGGGUAUUGGAAGUAACACGCUCCAAAUGAGUCAAUCAAGAGGUACAAUGAAUGGUCAUGCUAGACGUCGAGAUUCAAGUCAUAACGAACGGUUCUAUGAAGAACAUGACUAUGAACGAAGAGUUAAGAAGCGAAGAGCUAGGCUCUUAACAGCUGCUGAAGAAGCAUUCACCCAUGUCAAACGAUCACAUCAUGAUCCUGGUGGCGGUUCUGCCAUGGAUCCUUAUGAAGCUGCUCAAGCUGUUUUCCCAACUAUUGCACGAUCUCUUCAAAAGUAUUUAAGAGUAACUAGACAACAGCCAAGGCAUACUGUAGAGUCAAUUUUGUCUCACCUUGCCUUAUGUUUAACUCAUGAUGCUUCACCAAAAGCAUUCUUGGAACCUUACUUGAGUGCAUCUCCUGUAUUACAAAAUGAAAAAGAACAAAAAUCACUUCAAUCUUGGUCAUUAAUUUGUAAUGAAUUAUUGACUCGAGCACUCAAAGACGGAACUGUGUUUCAACUACGACAAAAUGAUCUUUCACUUUUGUGUACAGUACAUAAACUUCCCCAUUUCAGUAUUAUAGAGGAAGUUAUUAAUCCAAAAUCAAAUAGAUUUGUUCUUAAGCUGAACUCUGAAACUUCUGUCUAAAUGUUUUAUUAUUUUUAACAUAUACUAUUAGACUUGACAGACCAAGAUUCAAUGUAUUUUCUAGUCUUCAAAUUUAAUUGAGUGUAAACUACUUAAUUUUUUAACAGUAUAUUAGGUAUGCUUCAAAAUUAAGUGUAUUAUCUUUUUUCUUAUAAAUUUAGAAUAUAAUAUGUUUCUAUAUAAUUACUAGUUUUCUUUUUCUAAGUGUUACUCUUAGGUGGUCUUACUGUGGUUCAAUUUCUAGUUAUAUUGUUUUUGGCUAAACACUCAUAAACUAAAAAUGGUAUGUUAGCAGGUGCAUGAUAAAAGCAAUUAAGUGAAAAUUAUUAAUGAACUUUGUGUGCGGUAUGCAUUAAAAUCAAAUAUGUAGUAUAUACAUAAGAUGCAAUUGAAUUUUUCAAACUUUUUAUUAGCAAAAUUUUUAGAUUUCCAAACAUUUUAUUGUGCAUUGUUCAAUAUCUUUGCAUUGGAUUUAGAAUUUUUAUAACUCAAUAGCAUUUAUCUGAUUUCCUGAUAUUUUAUAGCUUUAUGUUUUCAUGAUGUGCAUACCAAUUAAUUUAAUACACUUACUUUUGGAACAUACCUCAUAUAUAACUAUCAUAGUAUUAAGGCAUAUUGUGUAACACAUCUUUAUCUGCUUAUUUUCAACAAUUGAUUAGGUACAUUUAAAUUAUUAGUUAUCUAUCAUCUAUCAGCGGUUCUUAACCUGUGGUUAGCAGCCCCUGGGGACCACAGCAGCUUUAAUAUGUUGUGACAAGAUAUAAUUUUAAAUCUGUAUGUAUUGUUAUGUCUACUUAUGUAAUUAUAAUAUAAAACAUUUAUUAUAAUUUUACUUAUUACCACGAAAUGUAAAAAAAAGGUAUUCGAAAAAGAUUGGUAAGGGGAUCUGUGAUCUACAAAAGGUUAAGAACCACUGCUAUAUACAAUAUACAUUUAUAUAUGUAUGUAGUAUAGGUCUGAUUGAUCUGCAUUUUUUUACUUUAUCUUGAUAAAUUAGUAAAAAUUAGAUAUUCUUCCAAGAUAUUAUUUGAUUUUAAACACAUAAUUUUGAAUGAUUUAUAAAAAAAAAUUAUAUUAUUUUAAAAAGACUGUUAAAUAAAAUAAAAUUAUUUUUUCUAUCGAAAUAUCAAUUGUAAUAUCUUAAAGCUCAAUUCAUCGGGGCCAUAUACAUAUUUUUUUUAUUACAAUAUUGCCAUAAUGGUCCAAACAUUUAAUUUAUAUUCCUUGCAAUGUGUCAAGAUAUUUUUACCACAAUUUUAUUUUCAGUAUUAUUUCAUCUUAAAUUUUAUUACUAUUAUAUUUUAUACUUUGAAAUUUUAUUACUCAUUUAAUUUAGUUAUUUUUUUAUUUUUAUAACUUUUUAUAUUUUAAGUUAUUAUUUUAAUAGAGAUAAAAAUUUAU